AUGCCGGUGCCAACUUUGCAAUGGUUCUACCUUGCGCAUAUUUUUGGAAACAGACAACUCCGGCCGUCGUUCGAAGGAUUUACCAAGAGGUGGGCUUCAGUUUCUUCGCUGUCAAUCAUCAUCUACAACUUUCCGGCAGUCUGUAACGGCCUGGACCUCGACGCCAACAUCAUUACGGAUAUCGUAAAGGAAACCCCCAAUGCAGCCGGCGUGAAGUUGACCUGUGGCUCGGUUGCAAAGAUCACCUGUCUCGCUUCCAGAUUCCCAGCCUCCCGUUUCGCAGGGUUAGGUGGUCAGUCAGAUUUCCUAGUCGGUGGCCUUGCUUCGGGAAGUACACUGCCUUUGGAAAUGCCUUCCCAAAAGCUGUGA